AUGAUGAUUGAUCAUUCACUUGCAGAUCGCAAUGAGUGUGAAGGUCAGCACAAUUGCGGUCAGAUUUGUGGGAACACGCCAGGAAGCUAUUACUGUACCUGCAGACCAGGGUAUUAUCUAAGUAGCGAUUUACGGACAUGCAAAGGUAACAUGCCAGUUAGUAUACAUGCAGAGAAAAAAUUCACUUCACUGUGUCGAUACUUAUUGACCUACAAUACUUUUUCUGUCCAGUCAAACGCUCUAUAUAUUUUUCCGAAAGGCUUUACAGCCUCAGAACAAUUGAUAAGUUGAAGACGUAUAUAUUAGGGAAGAUAGUGAAGAAUUAAAUAACAGCAAAGAACGUAACAUUUGUGGCUAAGGUUACUUCAUUCCUUCUCUAUUUUAAAAAUGAAUUAAGAGAAGCCGAUAAGCUUUGAUAUUUUUUAAUAAUCGAUAGGAAACGUCCUUACAGUCCGUCAACACAUUAAGAUGCCCUAAAACCUGUUGACAGCCUAGCCUUUUCUAAUCCUCUAACUAAUUUCCUUGUAACGAAAAAGCACGUGAUACUCAAACAGCUUAUUACGGCAACUUUGUCAUCAGGGUACCCAUGUGCAUCAAUAUCAAGGCCAGCCAAAGGAUUCAUGAAUUGCUCUGGGAAAACUGUGGAUAGCGUUUGUCAGUUUACAUGUCAGCCUGGGUACGAACUUACAGGAUCUCCAGUGCGCAUGUGCUUGGCCAAUGGCAAAUGGAGUGGUACUCGCGCUGCUUGUAAAGGUGAGCAUGUUGAAGAUAGAGCAGCGAUACAAAUAAAAAGACAUUCUAUAAGAAUCUAUUCAAGCGUCUUGUUAACAGUAACAACAACUUCAACAACAAACCGAUGAUGGAAGCAUACGGAAAUUCCAAAAGUAUCUGAAUUUCAAAAACAAGUUCCUAUUUCUCAGAAUUAUGGACAAGCCGUCUCAAAAAAAAAAAUUAGACAAAACACAGAAAUUUGAUAGCAUAGAAAUAAACGAAGAGAUGGGUAACGAUCAAAAAAAUGUAUCGCGGCCAGAAAAAGUUCAAAUGGAACCCUAAACAAUCAGUAUAAGGAACGUUUCAUUUUGAUAGUUACAAGAGUUCUUAUGAAUAGGGAAAGAAAUGUUUUUCUUUUCGAUAACAACGUGUCUGUGGUGACUUUCAUUCUUCUUGACUCACUCGAGGGAAAGUCAUGAGAAACAGUGGUAGCCUAUUGUGCAAAUCACCUCAGGACGUGGUCAGUUUAUAAAUGCUUCUUCCAUUUUCACACAUUGAACUUUAUUUUUCUUUUGGCAGUUAAAAUGUGCGAUAAACCAGCCCCACCAGCCAAUGGCUUUGUUCAAAUUCCUUGUUCAACCACUUACAAGGGAAAAUGCUCUUUUGGGUGCCGUUCCGGAUUUUUCCUCAAUGGAAGCAAAACAGUCUCUUGCUCUGAGGAUUCCACAUGGUUUCCGAUCAUUGGGAAAUGUGAAGGUAAGGAGAGAAACAGGAGUGAAGAAAGAUUGUCAUGAAGUCAAAACAAGGUUAAAUUGAACUUUUCCUAAUGUAGGAGUUAAAGUCCUCAGAGUAACCGUUGAUAUGAAAUGUCUAUAGUUUAAAAACGAUUGAUUUUAGAAAUAUAUCCUUUUCUUUUUCAUCUCAUACUAUUUCUAUCUUAGUAUUUAUCAUCAUCAUCAUUAUUUUUUUCUCCGUGUAUAAGUUGAACCAAUGGUCUUUUCUUGGUUUGCAGCAAUAACUGUCUGUCAUCCUAAUCCUUGUGUCCAUGGAGGGAAAUGCAAUCCUAUUAACAGUACACAUUUUUGGUGUAACUGCACGAACACAGCAUACACAGGCGACAGGUGCCAUGAAGGUAUUUUCCACCAACCGAUAUAUCCUCGGCUUCAACGCGGAAGCAGUGUAAACGUCACUUUUAAACUUUCUCCGCCGGAUAAACAGCUGACCGUUACACCGAGUGCAUCGGGAUUAGAAUUCGUACCUCGUAGUUUGGUGAUCCACCCAGAGCAGUUGGCGGAGGGAAAAUUGUAUCACGCAAACAUGGCUAUAAAAGCUCUUCUGCCAGGCAUGCAUCUUACCACGUACACUUUGUCUGGUGUUGGAGCCCUUUCUUACCAGGCGUUGCCACCUGAUAUUGUAGUUGUCGUUGAGAAUGAAACAUCUUGUAAUGAUGGUUUACUGAGCACCCUUCCUUUGGGAUGCUAUAAGGCCAGACUUCUCCGAUGUCCAGAUAGUGACAAUUUUCUGUACGCUAGAUCAACCGAUCCAUGGAAACAAGCCCAAGGAACAGUUAGUACUGAAGGAGUUACUACUCUCAUUUCCGUUAAUAAUCUCACUUUACCGUUGGGGAUUAGAGGAACAGCGCUUGAGAAAUUAAAUCUCUCACAUUACUCAGUCUCAUCAGACAACAUGUUAUGCAAAGCUCAACCACCAAUGGACGUGCAGUGCCUCCCUUCAGAAAUCGUAGCAUCUGUAUUCCUGCAAUCCUUAACAACCAGCUUUCCUCGCUGGUUACGCUUGAUUCCUACAAAAACACUAUCGAGCCUUGAGCCAAACGAAGCAAUCACUUACUUAUGGAGCGGACUUCAACUUAGGGGGAUAUUGAAAGGACUGGGACUUUUCGUGAAUGAUCGCUCCUUUUACUCAGCCCUUCUGUAUUCAGGGUCCUUAUCAGUUGAGGUAAACAAUAUGAGUGUGGUACUUCCAAAGUACGAUGGUAAAAACAAACACAUGGUUGUUACAGAUAUUUGUUCAAAUUCAUGGCCUGCUGAUGCACUAGUUAUCCUCAACCCAUUGUCUUAUAAAGCUUUACAAGCCAUGCCAGUUUAUAAGCAACUUGAAUCACGGGGCUGGCAAGUAACCGUGAUGGCUUUACAGUUUUCAAAAGUGGGUGCCCUCAACUAUUCUGUAUUUACGAGAAAACGAGGAAACAAGCUUAUCCCAGGAAGUCUGGGAUUCUAUGGAAGAGUUGCAAAGACCAUAAAUGGAUCUCAUCCGGUCGGUUCCUUGGGUGUGCGUUUGGUGGGAAAUGUAGUCUUUGGAAUAUCGAAUAUCGACGAGGUAAGUGAAACACCUGUUCUCUAAUACGCUUGCAAUCAAGCCAUGGCGGUACAUCCAAAGCAAGUUCGUGAAAUAAAAAACUUUUUCUCUCUUAGGUAUGGAAAAACAAUCUAUUCUCUUGGAAGGCUGGGAUUAACGGAGAAGUGACGGCAGAAAUGAUUUUAUUCUUACUGGAGCAAAAGGUGUCAGUGGAUCUGCGGCUACAGCAAAGUUCUGGAAUUGUGGAGUUUAAAGGUUAGUUUGCGUUGCCUGUGGCCUUAAGUGUCGACUUUAAAAACGUUACUACAUAAAGGUUAGUGAGAUCUCUACCAUUUAUAGGGCGUCUCUUUAAGGCAAGAAUAUAAAAGGGGUUAGGGAUCAGUUUGUAAUCUUGCGCACGUUAGAUAAAUUUGAUUGCAUCCAAAUUUCAAUUUUUGUCUUUUGUCAACUGCUUACCAUGCCUAUUAAUUGUAUCGCAAGAAAGUCCCCGCUGAGGCCUAUUGAUGCCGUUCGAAGUGUCCAGUUCCAAGUGACAUUAAGCCAAUGAACGUUAUCCACAGCAUUCUAACAAUGUACGUCACAACUAAUUCCAACGGGCAGAUCCUUCGUCUCUUUGAGCCACACGUAAUCCACCAAAUUUUGCGUUUUGAAAAUAGAAGUAAGCUCGUUUUUUUUUAACUACCAGAAUCUCCAAGCAACAAAUCUUGCAAGGCUACAGACACAUACGAAUUGUCCCUGAAUGGAUUUUUGGAAAGAGAUCCUUUCGAGUCUACCCUUCUUGGCGCCUUCAUUGAAAGCAAAAACAGCAAAGUGUCAUUGUACGCGAAUUCUCAGCGUCUUAUCAACUCCUCUACAAAAGAGCCCAGUGAAUCCUCUGCCAUCCAGUUGGAAUUUUCACUAACUGGCAUUGUAAAAUUUGGACCUUUGAGAUUUCCUAACAUGUCUUUGAGUAUUGAGACUUCCUCAGAAGAAUUGAAAAAGUGUCAUGAUCCAGGCAAUAUUACGGAUUCUGGGUUAAUCAUUUCCGCUUCUUUUAACCAAGGGGCGGUUCUGGGGAGGUUCUUUUCUUCUCUUGAUUCGGAUUCUCUGCACAUUUUCCUACCAUCAAAUAGCCAGAACAGUUCUGAAAGUGUCCUUGAAACCAGCUUGGCUUUCCUGGGUGAUUCGUUUCAAACUCGGGUAAAGAUAUCAAAGCAAUCCUUAAAUUUCGAGAAGGAGAUCACUUUGUUCGACAAUUAUCGACUGUCCAUCAAUGGCUCGAGUCAACUGCAGUCAUGGGAUUUCCUGAGUUUGAGGGUCAGCGGAACUUUCGGUAAACCUGACGUUAACAGUGAUCAAAAAGCACUCGAGGAUGCAAUCAAAGAAAUGAUAAGUGAUUACAUUAAGAUUAUUGCUGAAACUACCAUCAAACGGCUAAAAGUUUUGCAAGGUAUGAGGGACAAAAUGAAUACAAGGGUAAGCAGAAGCUCAUUAAGACUUACCCAGGCUGAGAAUAAUACUCAUUCAGCCGUUGAGCAAUAUCUAAUAGCCUUGAAAGCCAAAAAUGCCGCCACGAAGGAGGUACGAAGGGUAGAAAAGGUUCUGACCAACAGCACUGAUGAACUUAACGAACUCAAAGAAUCUCUUGAGCGUUUGUGUACAAUUAUAGAAUGUCACUAUAGUUGUGUUAACGGUACAGCUUGUAGUACCUGUUAUGAAGAUCUUAUCAGCAGGGAGCAAGGAGUCUGUCCUGCAAUUUGUCACAAACUCCGGCAGGACCGACUUACUCCAUUUUGGAAGACAUCAACCUGUGUAAAAGAGGAUUGUGACUUCUCCGGUGGUGACCUUUUGUCUCCUAUAGCUUGUAGCUUUGAAAAAAUUGGAAAACGAGUCCUUAAACCAGCGAUAACAAUGGGAGGUACAGCUCUUUUAACAUCCAUGGGCGUCCCACCAGUAGCUGCAUAUGCUAUUUCAAGUGGUGUAACAAAUGCUGCAUUUGAAUACGAAGAAUCGAAAGAUCCAGAGAAAGCGGCAGAAACUGGUGUCAAAUCAGGAGUAGGAGGAGCGGUGGGGGCGGAAGUAGGUAAUACCUUAGGCCUGACCAACUCGGACCCAGAUGGAAGUAGUGCCUUGUGGAUAGGUUUAGCAACCGGGAUACAUGAGGCUUCGCAACAAUGCAAUAGUGGGGGUUCGUGGGACUGCGAAUUGGAACCUUAUUCCUGUCCCGAGGAAUUAUUUAAUUAUAGGUACAUCAACAUACCGUUCCAAUGCGAGACUUCGUGUGAGGUGAACGUCGUAAGAGAAACGAUCGCCACUCCGUGCUGCCGAGAGGUGAACUGUGCAUCACGAAUAAAAGAUUUAGAAUGCCAGAAAAGGAAUGCGUUUUGUCGUAUGACAAGGCAAAAGGCCAUGUUGAAGUUGAAUUCCGCAAAAAAGAAUAUUUUGAAGCCUCUUAUGGAGUUACAGCAAGCAAAGGAAGUAUUCAACAUUGCUCAUAUUGAGCUUGUAAAACGUAAACUUGAGUUGGAAGCUGCAUCUGGUGAGCGUGACACUCUUCGAAGAGCACACAGUGCUAUUUUAAAAGGGGCUGACAUUUUGUUCUUAUCGAAUGAAAAGAGUCGUGCUUUCAUUCAAGACGCAAUUGCGUUAACUCAGCUCUGGAACAGCACUAAUGAAACUUGCCCUUUAGACAUAAACGAAAUUUCGUUCGAUGUGACCUUGUCGUCUCCCUCUGAAACUCAAAUACCAGUGCUGUUUAAAAUAGCCUCCGCGAGCAAAGAGAAGAACAUCUAUUCCAUGAUUGACUUUGUAGCCCUGAAUGAUUCUCUCCAGCGAACGGCUAAGCAAAUCGUUAAUGAACUUUUUGGCAAUGUGAAUGUCAUUCUGCGGUCUGGACAUCCAUUAAAUCAGCUAAAGAAUCCGAAGGGCAAUGGAAGAAGAAGGCGCGCCAUUGACGAACCGGGCUCUGACGUGACGAAAUUAGUGGAAUACAAGAGAAAAUGCGCUUUGGUAACCAAUUACAACCGUGCCCUGAGUGACAUCAUAGGAACUCUAUAUAAUAUUUCCAGAAAAUCUUUACGUUCCCUUAAUAAUGUAAAAAACCUCAAUUCUGAAAAAUAUACGGCAGAAUUCCGAAAUCCCUCCCUGAAUUUGACUCAAGCUGCUGAGUUUGGGCUCUCUGAAAAGGAUAUUGAUGACUCCAUUAAUGCGGUGGAAUCUGACAAAGAGGUGAAGAACGCAGCAAGCUUAAUUGAGAUUAGAAAUGCGACUAACCACAGGAAAGUGCAAACAGCAGUAGAUAUGGUGUUUAGAGACUGGGAAGCAAGUAUGGAGACUGUGUUCAACCGCACAUCACUAGAAUGUAGCGGUUUCAUAGACUGUAUGGAGGACUUUGUUGAAAACUUUCUCUUCCUCUACCAAGGGAUCGAUCUUCCUGAAGCAAUUCUUCUGCGGCAAAAAAUUGCAAUCCUCGGCCAAGAAGUUAAAAGUCUUCUUUCCUACGAAGAUCUGUCAGUGUCUGAAGCGGCGAAUAAAGCCUCAAAUAUUCUGAAAAGGCUGAAAGAUACUCGAGAUGCGAACGUCUUCUGUGCUGUCGCUCCUAAUAUAACUCAACAUCCAGUGCCAAUAAAGAAUUUAAAAAUAGGGCAAACGCUCGAGCUGUCUUGCAAAGCGACUGGAGACCCUGCGCCAACUUAUCGCUGGAGAAAAAAUGGCGAGAUCAUUCCAGGAAGAAAAACAAAUACGUUUCGCAUCGAGAAAGUGGCAAAAACUGACGAUGGUAACUACACUUGUGAGGCUUAUAAUCACUUAUGUGUGGAACCAUCGACUCCUUCUCACAUAGUUAUUCACCCACCUCCUGCUCUGGUGUACCAGCCUCCAAGGAACAAGAACGUACCACUGAACACUGGCUUCUUUAUGAAGUGUACAGCAACUAGCGUAUCAAAGCCUCUUCGAUAUCAAUGGAUUUACAAGCCUUUUGCUGGAGAAAAUUAUACUUUGGUUCCCAAUGCCACUUUCUCUGUAUUGAACUUUCGCUCCGUGGAGAAAAACAAAGAAGGCUUUUACCAGUGUAACGUGUCCAAUCCAUUUGAUUACACGAUAUCUCACGACAUCCGACUUCGAAUUCUCGGCUUUUCUUUGGUUGUGCCUUCGCUUGGAUUGUCUUUCCAAAUUUCCGGUGAGAAAAAACACCUUGAAGAGGCCUAUAAUGAAAGUAUCAGCGUAAUCGGUGAUAACGUCAAAUUUCGACAGGAUGUGGAAUCGGGCUUUCAUCAAAUCGUAAGCAACCUGGUUGACCUUCCUUCUGAUGCAGUUCAGGAUCUUUCAGUAGAAGACUGCCAAAUGAUCUCGCAAAGAAGCGGCAAUAUCUCCUGUAAGGUUGCCUUUAGAUUGCGUAGCUUCAACAUGACGGAACCCAAGACCAUGAACAAAACCGCGUCAGAAAACGCCGUUAGUGUUAUGGAUUCCGCGCAGCAGUUAGAAAGAGCUUUGGCCAAGCUGGUGAACGAGUCUGUUAUAAGUGGAAUUACUUCAGACGCCAACAGUGUUACGUUAAAGCUAGACCCGACUUCAUGGGGUGUUGGAAAAUACAUCUCUCUCUGCCCCAUUGGUACAGUACUCUAUGGAAACAAUUUCAUUUGCGGUGAGUAACCUUGUUUUUAGUGUAUAGGAUUCUAUCGGAGAACGCGACAUCCUUUAUGCUGGUAACCAUUUGCAAUGAAUACACCAUAAUGAAUACAUUUUAACAGUUCCUAUGCAUCAACGUGACCAGCAGACGCACUGAGAUCCGAAUAAAUAGGUUCAAGAUAGGGCCUGAGAUAUUAUGGCGUGGGUCUGUUAUCAAAUGCGUGACAGUCGUGUGCUGAAGUGAUCUUCUAAAAGUUGAAAUCUUAAUUUAAAAUUUCAGAUUUUGACACGAUUUCUUACUAUUUUCGCUUGUAUUCCAUUUAGUCAACUGUCCACCUGGAGCAUAUGGGGACAUAAACGGGACGUUACCCGCUUGUUUCCCGUGUCCCGUGGGAACAUAUCAGCCCGAUGAAGGACAAACGUCAUGCGUGCCUUGUCCCCCUGGUUUUACUUCCGGUAGUAUAGGAUUGGAGGAUAUUUCUUCGUGCCAAGGUGAGAGGCUGCAUUCUUAAAUUAAGGGAAUCAUCGGGUAUUGGCUUAGGAUAAUGACAUCUAGACUUGAUUUCUUCGGGGUAAGAAACAUCUAGUUUUUCUGUUGAAUUAAUCACAGUGAGCAAAGACAAAGGAAGGUAGAACACGAAUUAGCACUAUAAAUGUGAAAGCUACUUCUACAACGAAUAUUAUGAGAAACGACAUAGGAACUUUCAAAGUGGUUUGAAGUAAUUCUCGCUCUUAGAACCCCUCAUUUUUCUCAGUUUUCACGGCUCUCGCGCCAACAUCCUGCCGGUAAAAGAAGAAGAGGUUCCCACAAGAAGAGGACGAAAAUGAGGGGGAAUGCUCUGUCGCUUUGACUUGCUCACUUUUUUCAUUCGCCACCACUAAUUCAGAUCCUGGAACAGCCUUAGGAAAACAAAUCCUAAUUUCGUGUUUUUGGGGGGCUUUUCGUAUCGCUGACGUUCGUUCGUAUUCGUGAGUUUAUUUGUUGGUACUGCUGUUAAGAACCUACGUUUUCUCUGUUAAACAGAUCUGACACCAGAGACAACCACACCAGGAGCUAAGACAUCCCAGUUGUUAAAUGUCUCCACAACUUUAUCAAGACCAUCUCCCACUGCCUCUUUGACGACCAAUGAAGAUGACAUUAGUAGUGAGGAGCCCAGGGCACUGAAUGUUAGGAGUUAUCACGAUGUUUCCUUCAAAUGGAAAAUAGCCUUUGGAGUUUGUUUGGCUGUAACCAUCACAUUACUGGCAGGUAAGCUGAGUAACUUUUAUUACUUAUAAAGGAACGGUUUUGAGCAUCUCGGAAAUGGCCUUUUAAGACUAAAUCACUUAACCUGUAAAAAGUAACAUUCUAGAAUCUUUCUUCGCUUGUUUGAUUCCAAAGGAAUGCUGCUCUAUGGCGUGAACUACCGCGUCAAGAAAAUCAGACGAUUCGGAUUAUCAAACGAUGAUUCCACUAAGAAAUCAAAGAGUGGACACACAUUCCAGAAUCCCGUCUACGACGAUACUGAAGUACAUGGACAAGCAUACACCCAGAGUAACGUCACUUACGAGCUGACUGAGCCUCCGGCUAAGAAGAAAAUGGUAGCAAUAGCUGAAAAUGACAAGCAUACGCCCCAGAAUCCUUUGUGCAGUGUACCAGAAGCUGAUAAUCAAGAUCCACUGGAAUGUGGCCAUGUCAACCCAGCCUACCAGAUGACCGGCGAUACCGACAGGGAGAUAGAAACUUGCAAGAACUCAAUUGAAAUAUUACAAUGA